AAGAUCGAGGAUCUAAAAAGUCUUACAUAACUCCGGCUUUGAAAAACAUAUUUAUACCUUUCUUACCUUCCUUCGCCCCUCUGACUGGUUCUUCUCUAGUACCACCUGGUGCCCACCCUCAGAAGUGGCUGUUUCUCUCUGAUCGACCAACAUGGCUGGGCUUCCUUAUACUUGCAAAAUGGCUCUGAUUUCACUCUUUCUCUUCGCCUUCCUCAUGAACCGGAACGUUGGUUCCCAGCCGAUUUUCCCUCAGAAGAUCGCUAGUCAUUUGAUGCCCCGUCACCCGGACACGAAGAAUCCGUCUCCGGACUCCCAGGGCCACAGUCUCAGCGACAGAGCGGUACUUCCGAUGGAACCAGACUCACUGCGUCGAAGAUCAAAUUAUGAAGGCAUGGUUGCCAGUAGGUCUGAUGUACAAGGGCAAGUCUCAUCACUCUCAAGUCAUACUGGCUCAGACGUGGCUGGACCGGAGCGAUCGAUUACUACUCCAUCCAACUCGCUUCCCGGUAUUUCUAAAAGAGCAGCGUUAUAUCCGAAGGCAGUAGCUACGUCGGGAUGGAAUAGCCGAGGCUCUCCUCAAGUCGGCGGUUCAUUGGCCACGAGUGAUAGUGUUCGUCAGAACAUCGGAUCCGGGCAGGCGGUCGGUCCUCAGGAGAAACCCACCCGUACAAUAUCUGUUUGCAUGUGGGACCCUGGCUACGAUUGUUGGUAGUAACUGGGCCAGGAUAGAUUAAAUCAUCCUUCCCCCUUCCUCUUUCCUAAUUAUCGUCUAGCAUGAUAAUUAAAUCAGCUUCAGUUACAUAAAUCAACCUUUUGUUUGAAAAGUUUGGCAUUGAAAAAGAAGCACUUUUUUCCCCCGUUCUUUCUUUCUGCUUUUUUAUUGUCGAGAUUCAUUAAGUAAUCUGCAUAGAUACUGUCAGUCUCUACACAGCUCUUUUGAGUUUUUCUUUGUUUGUUUAUGUGGAUAUUUAUAAACUUGUUUGAGAAUUGAUGAAGGUUUUCCUUCAUUUUUCAUGCGAUCUGUGUCUAUGGUUUAUUUAUUUUCAGGUUGUCUUUUUUUUAAUAAUAGUUGCGCUUGGGAUAGAUCCUUGAGAAUGAAUGAUGAGGUUGAAUAUA